AUGAAAGAAGGGCAAGGAGGAAGCACCCAUCUACCACUACUGCUAUCACAACUUAUCACCACCAAAACCACUUUUACUACUACUACUACUACUACUGCUCCUACUAAAAGCAAUAGUAGUCAUCAUCAUCAUCAUCCACGCUAUCAAUGUGAUUUUGAAGGUUGUAACAAAAUGUUUACACGGCCGUACAAUUUAAAAUCACACAAACGAACACAUACAGCGGAACGACCUUAUUCUUGUCCUCAUUGUCCAAAACGUUUUGCUCGUCAACAUGAUCGGAAUAGACAUGCCAAGCUACACACGGGAGUCAAGGCCUAUGUGUGCCACCAUUGUAACAAGGCGUUUGCUCGACAAGAUGCAUUGAGUCGCCACCAACGACCUAGUGGAGGACAGGGACUAUGUUGCAGUAACAGUACCGGUAACGGCUAUUCAACAACAUGA